AUGGACAACAAUUGCGUGAGUCCAGCCGGAGCCACGCGCCCGGAGUGUAUGUCGAAGGGGAGAGAGGUGACGCCAACUGACGCCCCUCCUGAGGGCCGACUUUACGUUCGUUUCGAAUGGGCCCCGCGAGUUUCGGACAUCAGAGGAUGGUCGCAAAACGCGUUCCUCAACACUCUCGUAGCACAUUUGACAUCAGAAAGAGAGCGAGAGCGAUCGUAUCACUUUUUGCUUGGAUCCGAUGCCAUGAGAUCGGGAGCAAAGUGA